UUCCGUUUGCCGCGCGCUUUCGUUGAGUUUAGUCGUGUCGUGACCCCUGUGAAGUCCUGUGUAUCACAGCUGUGUAUGCUUCCUAGCUGUUUUUUUUUCAAAGAUCAGUAUUAACGGAAUAUAAAAAUCGUCAAAAUGGAAUUACUUCCAUAUAAAGCGGAUUAUGCUAAAUCAGGACGUGCAUCAUGUAAAUAUUGUGGAUUGAAGAUACCUGAGGGAUCCUUACGUAUAGGUCGUCAGGAGAAGAUGCCAGGUGCAGAUAAAUAUUGGACAAAAUGGUAUCAUGUGAGCUGCAUCUUUAAAGAUAAUAUCUUUGGUGACUACCACCCACCUACUACCAAUGCUGAAAUCAGUAAUUUCAUGCAACUCAAUGUGCAAGAUCAGGAGUAUAUUAAUUGCAUAAUUGAAGAGUCAUCUCAUCAUAUGGAUUUGUCAGGAAAAAGCACCAAAGCUGAAAUAGAGCAGGGAACCAAGAGACUUUCUCAAAAAGAUUAUACUAUAACUGCUACGGAAGAACCAUCACCAAAGAAAUUUAAAGACGAGUCUUACAAUGAAGAACAGACAAUUUAUGAACAAAAUGGGGUACUUAGCAAAUACCGUGAUGAACUAAGUCAACUGGAGAAAGUAAUUUUGCGUGACAUACUUAAGAGAAAUGGUCAAAACGUAUCUAAAAGCGAGAUGUUAGACCACCUAGCAGAUUGUUUGGCAUUCGGCGCAUUUGAACUAUGCCCAGAAUGCAAAGGGCAACUUGUGUUUGGCGAUUAUGUUUAUAAAUGCAAAGGUGACUACGAUGAAUGGUCAAAAUGUCCUUACAAAACCAAAAUCCCUAAGAGGAGACCAAUGAUAGUGCCAAGUGAAUAUGAACACUAUCCUAUAUUCACUAACUACAAGCCUUGUGUGGACACCCGUGUAUUACUAACUGCACCAGAAGUCUUAAGCAUUAAGGAAGAAAUCCAUCCACUGAAGGAUUUACAAUUCUUUUUGUUCGGAAACUUGAAGACGCCUAAAGAGACGUUAGAAGAUCGCAUCUCAAAGAUGGGUGGGCAUAUUGUCAGCACGCUAACUAAUACGGUGGCAGCUGUCGUCUCCACGAAAGAGGCAGUCGAAGAAAUGUCUGAUGACAUGAAGGAAGUACGGCUGCAAGAUAUUGAGGUUAUCGAUGAAUCGUUUUUUGAUCUUAUUGAUCCAAAGACAGGAACUGUCUCUGAAACACUUCAAUCAAUUAAGCAGAAUAAAAUUGCCCCCUGGGGAUCUGACCCUGUGACGCGUGUACUGCCAGAGCCAGAUAUUAAUGGCGAAAAUUCAUCGCAAGUUGCCAAAGUAAGGCUACAAGGGGGUUCAGUCGUGGAUCCUGACUUUGAGCUGGCUGGUUUCGCUCAAAUUUAUAAAGACGAAGACGACACUGCGUAUACUGUGGUCUUGGCUAAGACAGAUGUGGUAGCGGGGCAAAACUCCUUCUAUAAAUUGCAGAUACUGGAGCGCAAUACAGAAAAUAGAGAACAGGAAAAAGAGUAUUACCUGUAUCGUGCGUGGGGCAGGAUUGGAACGGAUCAAAAAGAAACGAAGUACGAUUCCAAGCCUAUAGAUGUUGCUUUAAUGGAGUUUAAAGAAAUAUUCAAGAAGAAAACUAAAAACCUGUGGGAUGAGCGCAAGAAAUUCAAGAAGCAUCCAAACUUCUACUGCGUUGUUAAAACUGACCAUAAAACCGAAAAAAUUGAUGGUAUCAUUCCCACACAAGAUGAAAUUUCUUCUCUGCCCGAGCCAGUUCAGCAACUGGUACUGAUGAUAUUUGAUAUAAAUACUAUGAAAAAUGUCUGCCUGGAGUAUGAGCUUGACUUAGAAAAAAUGCCACUAGGAAAACUGUCAAAGGACCAAAUAAAAUCGGGAUAUGAAGUACUGUCGAAAUUGAAUGAGUACGUUGAACAAGGAGGGAUUAAUCAGACUAAAGUAUUGGCUGCUACAAACAGAUUCUUCACAUUGAUUCCUCAUAACUGUGGAUCAAAUAACCCACCACUGCUGGAUAAUUUAGAGUUGAUUAAAAAGAAAAUGGAAAUGUUGGACAACUUAUUAGAAAUACAAGUAGCUUACAGUUUGGUACAUACAAAAGAGUCGAGUGAAAGCCAAAUAGACGUACACUACAGAAGGUUAAAUGCUGAUAUUGGUCCAAUCGACCGCGCGUCGCCUGAGUUCGAAAUGAUCGCUACCUACGUGGCUAACACACACGCUAGCACGCAUCAUAUGAAGCUUGAAAUCCAGCACGUGUUUGAAGUGUUCUGUACAGACGAAGAUGAGCGCUACGAGAAGUUCAAGAACCUACACAACCGUCGUCUGCUAUGGCACGGCUCGCGCAUAUUCAACUAUGCGGGCAUCCUUUCACAAGGUUUGCGCAUCGCGCCGCCCGAGGCGCCGGUCACUGGAUGGAUGUUUGGCAAAGGGAUCUACUUCGCCGACAUGGUAACUAAGUCCGCCAACUACUGCCAUCCUGACUCGGCGACACCCAUUGUUCUGCUGAUGCUUUGCGAGGUCGCACUCGGGAACAUGAAGGAGUGUAAUGCUGCCGAAUAUGUGGAUAAGCUUCCGAAAGGCUUCCACUCUGUAUGGGGGCGGGGCCGCAUCGAGCCCGACCCGGCGCAGGCGCGCACGUUGCCUGACACCACAAUGGUCCCGCUGGGACGCCCCAUCCGUCGAGAAAUAACCACUGACUUGCUGUACAACGAGUUCAUAGUGUACGAUGUGGCCCAGGUGAAUAUGAAGUAUCUUGUUCAAGUGAAGGCCCACUUCGAGUGAUGGCCCGACUCGUCUUUUUAAUGCUGUGAUUUUUACGAUAGACUAUAAUUAUUUUUUAUUGAGAUUGCAUAAUGAAGUACUAGGUCAAAAUUUAUUGUAUCCAAUUUAAAAUGCAAUACAAAGUCCUAUUUUGUUAAUUAAUUCCCGUCAAUAGUUUAUCCUGUUGAAUAAAGUUAAGUAACAAAAUAGACGUACUAUAAGUAGACUGUACCUACUUAGUUAUAAUAUUAUAUUAACCGUUCUAAAAAAUCAUGACUGUAUUUUUAUACUCGUAAUACUAAUAUUGUACUACAUAUUUAUAUUGUUUUUUUUAAUAAAUACUUUAUAAAUUAAGUACGUUUAUUUGCUUUAUACCUGCCUCAGGUUAGCUCUUUUACCCAUGGAG